GGGAGGCAGGCGAGCAUCCUUGAGGCCCGGGCUAGGCCCCGAGCGGCCUUCCUCGCCUCCCUUUACUUCCCCGCUUUUCUCGUCAUCUUCGGGGAAGGGAGGAAGGAAGGAAGGGCCUUUGGGAGCGCUCCCUCCGGGGAAUCCUCCCCUGCAAGACGGGAGCAGAAUGGCGGGCAAAACCGGGCCAGAGCAUCUCUUCAAUCCGGCCACUGAGAUGGAGACGGCUGGGACAGUGCUGGGCACCAAGAUCCCCCUUCCGGCGGCCCUGCUGCCCCCCGGCCCGGCCAAGGAGUGGCUGGACCAGCGCCGCGCCACCAUCCGCCCCUGGGCCAACUUCGUGGACCAGCGUCGCUUCGGGAAGCCGCGCAACUUUGGAGAGCUUUGCAAGCGCCUGGUCCGCAACGUGGAGUACUUCCAGAGCAACUACGUCUUCGUCUUCCUCGGCCUCAUCCUCUACUGCCUCAUCACUUCUCCGCUCCUCCUGAUUGCGCUGGCCGUCUUCUUUGGGGCCUGUUACAUCAUCUACCUGAAGACCCAGCAUUCGCAGCUGGUGCUGUUUGGUCGGGAGCUGAGCACAGCCCACCAGUACGGCCUGGCCGGAGGGGUCUCCUUCCCCUUCUUCUGGCUGGCCGGAGCCGGGUCUGCCGUCUUCUGGGUCCUGGGUGCCACGUUGGUGGUCAUCGGUUCGCACGCGGCCUUCCACGAAUUGGAGUCCGGGGAGACGGAGGAGCUGCAGAUGGAGCCCGUCUGAGUGGGCCCCCCGCCCCCGGAAUCUCUCUUUCGGACCCAUGCGCCUUCUUUCCUCCCAUUGAUGCUGCUGCUGCUGUUACGCUCUUGUGUUGCCUCUGUCAUGUGCCAUUCCCUCUCUUCUUUGGAGGUCCUCAAGCGAGGGGCCCUCCAGGAUGCCCCCUCCCCACAAACUCAUAUCCCCUUUAGCUCCUCCCACAGUCCAGCCCUUGCCUCCCCAGCCCCUCCCACCAUUACAAGCCCCGCCCCUUUCUUGGUCUUGCAUUUUAGCCCCUCCCACAAUUAAGUGCCCCACCCCUUUCUUUUUCAGCUCCUCCCACAAUUAAACGACGCACCCCUUGCUGUGAA